CCCGUGAGAGGAGAGUGCGCCCCAGGGAAAGCUGUCUUCUGCGAGUGCCUGGGCGCGAAGUUUCUGCUCCUCCGGGAGGGGACAGUGGCUUCCCCUCCCCACCCCCGCUCCAGGAGGAAAAGAGGAAGCCGGCCUUAAUGUGAUGGAAAGACUCUUGAACUUGGUGUCUAAAAGAUAAAAGUUUGAGUUUCACCUCUGUUAGUUUUACUUUGAUAUUGGCCAGAAUUCACCAUGACAACAGUAACAGUGGCCACAGAGCUUCCCUCGAGGGGUAACGUAGAAGAUAAUCCUGCCUCGUAUGAGUCCACGUCAGCUCACAUUAUUGAGGAAACCGAGUACGUGAAAACGAUUCGAACUACUCUGGAAAAGAUCCGAAAUCAAAUGUUUAAAGAUGAAGCUCCACAUAGCAGUAUAAAGCACAAACUGGAUGCAAAGUGCUGUCAAAACAUUCAAAAUGGCUCUGGCUCUGAAAUGGGCCCCUCGUGUUGCAGUCUGAGUCUGCUCAUGGAAAGAAUGAAAAGCAAAGACCUACAGCUCUUAGAAAUGAACAAAGAGAACGAAGUAUUGAAGAUCAAGUUGGAAGCCUCCAGAGAAGCAGGAGCAGCGGCUCUGAGAAACGUGGCCCAGAGGUUAUUUGAAAUCUACCAAACACAGUCGGAAGAAGUGAGAAAGCAGCAUGAGGACAGCCAGCACCUCCUCCAGGUUAACAAACUUGAAAAAGAACAGGAAUUGAAACAACAGGUUGAAAAUCUGAAUCAAGUUGCUGAGAAACUUGAGAAAAAGCAUAAUCAAAUCACGGCGUUGGAGAGCCUCGUCCAGAGGAUGGAAAAGGAGAAAAGGACACUGCUAGAAAGAAAACUGUCUUUGGAAAACAAGCUGCUGCAACUCAAAUCCAACACUACCCAUGCUAAAAGUGUCCAGGCUCUUCAGGGGGAGAUUUCCCUUCUCCAGGAGCAGAUCUCUCACCUGCAGUUCGUGAUCCACUCCCAACACCAGAACCUGCGCAGAGUCAUCCAGGAGAUGGAAAGCUUAAAAAAUAACUUAAAAGAACAAGAUAAAAGAAUUGAAAAUCUGAAAGAAAAAGUUAACAUACUUGAAGCCCAGAAUAAAGAACUAAAAACCAAGGUGGCACUUUGGUCUGAAACUCCUAGGACAAUGGUAUCUAAGGCCGUCGCUACAAGUGAAUUGAAGACUGAAGACUGUACCCCCUAUUUCAUGUUGGUUAGGUUACGGAAAUGAGCUGGCUGGCUGAAGAUCUGAAUGAGAAAGAUCACUACAUGGGUCUUAUUUAUUCUUUGAAACACAGUCUAAACUUGCAUGUUAAAAUGGCUCAAUGCCAAUAUUUAAUGGAAUUCAUUAUACAUCAGUAGCUUUGCAAGAAGAUGAUAUUCCACAAAAUCAAACAGAUAGAUAUUGGAGGGAAAGAACUCUUCCUUCAAAACUUACUUAAUGGGUAAAGAAACCAGGAGCUUUCCCACGAUGGAAGAUGAAUUCUGCUUUAAAGUUUAAAAAAAAAAAUCAAUCUUUUCUCCAGAUUUUUGCUGAAGGGAAUGAUUUAAGGUUGUCAAGUUUAACUUUUGAUAGUCAUUCUUAUUUAUGUAAGCAGAAGAAAGUGUGUAUAUGUGUGUGAAUAAAUGUUAUAUUUUCAAGUUGACUUUUGGAUAAUAAAAAAUAUCUUACCAUGAUAUAAGUUCAUCUUCUGACUCAUCGUUAGUGGGACAGUUAUUUGCUGCUGAAUCUAUGGGCAGGGGAAGACUCUUUUUAGCUAAUUCUCCAAACUGAGAAUCUUGGCUGCCUCACCUCACCUGAGGAAGCCAGGUUUCUUCAGUUGGGAUUGAAAAUUGGUUGCUAAAGGUAACCCACACAUAAGUACAAGGGAAUGUGCUUUGUGACUCUGCUUCUGUAGCUAAUUUUCUUUUCAAUAUUCAUUAUGUUAUUUAAGUAAAAUAUUGGGUGGGGCACUAGAACACAGUGCUGUUAGCUCAUACCUCCAUAAAGAUGUCUGUAUUAUGAGUUCAAAGGAACAGUGGCUGUUGGGCAGCCAGGAAGAAUCCACGUUCAUGAAUUAGAAUGGUGUCUAGUGCUUGCGUGAAGGCGUGCUUAACUGUGGAUGGUGCAUUCACUACGGCUGGAGUUUGUGAUCGAAACCUAACUCUAACUUGUAGACGUGCAACAUACUGACAUCAGGAAUAAUGGGAGACCUUAGUCACCCUAAAGGGUGAAUUACUUUAAGCCUUUUGAUCACCCUCUUUGGUGUAUAACUAUAAACCUUUUCUCAGGAAAGAUGCUUAAAGCCUUUCAGUGUGGAAUGUGAAAUAUCAGUAUUAUCUAGGAAAUAUUUAAAGGUAUGAACAUAUGAGGUGACAUAAUGUAUUCAUAAAUUCUUCAAAGUUCUGUAACCCUUGAAACGUCACAUCACUGUGCAGUCGGGGAACUCACCUUUCACUCCGAGAUCAUGUAGGUCCCUCUUCUCUCUCAGUCAUCGCACUGGGUUGAAAUAAAUAUGAGGUUUGUGAAUGAACGCAUCUAACUGAGCUAACCAUCUGGAUGGUUUCCGUUAGAAUGAUGUAUCCUAAAGUCAAAAAUGGAAGGACACUGUUGGGUUGGAUUUUGGUUUAACUCUCUUCAAUUUUGAAGAUGGAAGUGCAGUUGAACAUAAGACAGAUAGGAUCUGCUCAUGGGGUCUUGGGGUUCACUUUGGAAUCUCCUGAGUUCAGAAUGAACAUGUUCGGAAGCCUAAAAAGAUCUGAACUCUUCAAACACAAAAGGAUCUUUUUAGUAGUAGCAGCAGCAGCAUUUAUUUGUCACAUAUGGAUUAUUUUCUAUAUCCUUAUUAUUUCAGUUUUUAUCAUUUGAAAUUUUUUUUAAAUAAAUAUUUCUGAGUCACAGAACAAAUGAUUACAGUGGAAAAAUGUAUUGGUCUAAAAGUAGUACCACAUAGGAAAGACACUACUUCAGUUGGAGUCUAAACAAUUGUACUUAAAAUUAUACUAAUUAAUAUAUUGGGUAAGAAGGUCUGAGGUGGGCCUUGAAGUGAGUACAUGAAGGUGGAAAAUGAAAAGAAAUUUGGUUUUGCUUUGAUUACAUAUAAUGUUACAAUUUAUCAUUAAGAAAUAUUUAAACUAUUGAUAUAGUAUAUCUUUUGAAUAAUUGCU